AUGUCCCAAAAGUCCCCCCUCCCCUACAUCGCCUUCUGCGUACUCAACAUUUACGUCCUCCGCAGCGUGAACGAAGUCCUCCUCAAGCCCUAUAUGGACGAACCCUUCCACGUCCCCCAGGCACAACGUUACUGUUCUUUCGAGUUCGACACGUACGACCCGAAACUAACCACCCCGCCUGGGCUGUAUCUCUUCUCUCUAGGAAUCUCCAAGCUCUUCGCUAUGCGCUGCUCCCUCCCCCUGCUGCGAUUUCACAGCACUCUGCUGCUUCUCUCCCUUCCCCCAAUCCUCUCCCACCUCCUGCCUUUGCUCCAGCCCCCACCGUGCUCCGAGCCCCCUCGCACGUUUUUGGAAACACUCAGACCCGGGUGGGAGGCCAUCGUACUGGGUUUCAUGCCCGUGGCGUGGUUCACCGGGUUCUUGUACUAUACCGACCUGGGCGCGGUGGUCUUCGCCCUGGGAGCGAUCGUAGCGGCCAAACGGGGGCAGAGCGGGCUUGCAGCACUACUCGGUACAGUGGGUUGCUUGUUUAGGCAAACGAAUAUCGUCUGGCUGGGAUAUGCAGCUUCCCUCCAAGCGCUCGAGAUCCUCCACCGCCCGUCCCCUUCCAAACCCCAUCUCGCCGACCCAACACUAUCACUCACUUCCCCCACCCUUCUCCUGCGCACCCUCCUCUCCCUCCCCUCGCUCUGUCUCUCCCGCCUCCCUGAGCUCUUAUCCCACCUCUGGCCCUACGUCCUUCCCCUAACAUCGUUCUGCGCCUUCGUACUCUGGAACGGCGGGAUAGCACUUGGGGAUAGGGCACACCAUGAGCCCACGCCGCACUGGGUGCUCCCAAUGUACUUCCUCGUCUUCAGUACCGCGCUUGCUGCUCCUGCCUUGGCGGGGGGCCCGCUCGGAGUCCUAGGGUUGGGGAGGGUCGUAGCGAGCAAGAUUUUCUCCACGCCGCGGCGGAUAGGCUUCACACUUGCCUGGACGGCAGUAUUAUGCAUCCUCAUUAAUAGGUAUACGAUUGCCCACCCCUUCCUCCUCUCCGACAACAGGCACUACCCGUUUUACCUCUGGCGGCGGCUUAUCUCCCCCUUUCCGCUCGCGCGGUACCUCUGGGCUCCCGUUUACCUCCUCUGCUUCAGGAUCUGGACAAUAAGGCUAGGGGAACAGCCCUUGCUACCCCUACUCUCCCUCGCCAUAUGUACACUUGCAACUCUGGUCCCGACCCCAUUGUUAGAACCGAGAUACUUUAUCAUCCCUUUCCUCCUGCUGCGGUGUUAUUUGGAGACGAGCGCGCUGGGCGUCGCGGGGGAAGGAUUGGGGAUCGAAACUCCACUCGGCAUGCCGGCGCCGUGA